AUGGGGAUCAGGAAGCACCUCAUUAUGAGAAAAUUCAUUGCAGGCUCCGGUUCAUUUGCUGGUGUUGGAUUCACAAGAAAGGAUUUGUACAACAUGUGCUCUAGGGAGAGGAGGAGGCUGCUUUUCGACGGUGACGCUACCACAGCCAUCCGCAUUAUGUCAAAGAGGAAAAAGAGGGACCCUGAAUUUUUCUUUGAAUAUGACGUUGAUGAAAAAGGCCGUCUGAAGCACAUGUUCUGGUGUGAUUCCCAGUCACGUAGGGAUUACCAGGACUACGGAGAUGUGCUGGUGUUUGAUAGCACAUACAAGAUGAAUAAAUAUAAGAUGCCAUUUGUUCCUUUUGUGGGCUUGAACAACCAUCGUAGGACAACAGUUUUUGGGUCUGCCAUCCUUUCAAGUGAGAAUGAACAAACAUAUGUUUGGCUUCUAAAGACUUUCCUCAAAGCGAUGUGUCAACAGAAGCCAAAGGCAGUAAUCACGGAUGCAGAUGCGGCGAUGAUCGCCGCAAUCGGCGAAGUAUUUUCUAGUGUGCCGCAUCGCAUCUGCAGCUUUCACAUUGAAAAAAAUAUGGAGAUGCAUCUACCUAACAAGUCACUGAACGAGUUCAGGACUCUUUUGUAUUACACCACCUCAGAGCAAAUGGGGAAAUGA